AUGAAAGUCUUCAUGACCGGCGCCUCGGGCUACAUCGGCACGCACCUGACCCGCGAGCUCGUCGCACACGGGCACACCGUCACUGGCCUAGUACGCUCCGCCGCCUCUGCCGCCAUCGUGACCGCCAACGGCGGCACGCCCGUCCUCGGCACCGGCGUGCCCGCCACCGACCUGCCGCUCAUCGUGCAGCACGCGCGAGCAGCCGACGCGACGUACCACCUGGCCUUUGACCACAGCUUUACCGACUUUCUCGGCGGGUGUGCCGCCGAGGCGGCGGUUGUCGACGCCGUCGGCAACGCGUACGAGGGCACCGACAAGAUCCUCCUCAUGACUUCCGCGACGGGGGUUGCGCCUCACUACGACCCGACGACCGAGGACGACAGCGCGGAGGGCAGCCCGAACCCGCGCCGCGUCACCGAGCUGACGGCCGAGCGCUGGGCCACGCGCGGGAACCGUGUCGGCAUCGUGCGCCUCCCGCCCAUCACGCACGGCGGGGCCGACAUGGGCGGCGGCGCGUUUGUGCUGCGGCUUAUCCGCGCCGCGCGGGCCGCCAACGUCGCAGCGUAUAUCGGCGACGGGCGCUGGCCCGCGGUACACGUCGCCGAAGCGGUGAGCGUGUACCGCCUCGCGCUGGACCACGUCACGCCCGGGACGAUCGCGCGCUUCCACCCCGUCGCGGACGAGGGAGUGCCCAUCAAGGAGAUCAUGGGCGUCAUUGCUGCCCAUGAGGGCCUCCAGACCAAGAGCGUCACCCCCGAGGAGGGCGCCGAGAUCUUUGGCUUCAUUGCUGGCCUGCUGGCGAUGGACAACCGCUCGACUAGCACCAAGACUCAGGAGGUGCUCGGAUGGAAGCCGACCAUGCCUGGUCUCCUUGACGAGCUCCGCGCAGGCAAGUACUUUGACUCGGCGUAG